AUGCCAGAAAGUCUAAACCAUAUUGAUAAAAAUGCCUCAAAAGAAGAAAAAUAUAAACAAAUAAUAAUUGAAAUAAAAAAUUUAAUUCAACAUGAAAAAGAUUUAAUUGCAAAUCUUGCUAAUAUUACUGCAGUUCUUAAAGAAAUAUUUUCAUUUUGGUGGGUUGGCUUUUAUUUAGUUAAAAAUAAUCAAUUGGUACUUGGUCCAUUUCAAGGUCCAUUAGCUUGUACAAGAAUUCAAUUAAAUAAAGGUGUUUGUGGUACAAGUUGGGGACAACGUAAAACAAUUGUUGUAAAAAAUGUUCAUCAAUUUCCUGGUCAUAUUGCUUGUUCAUCGGCUUCAUUAUCUGAAAUUGUCGUGCCUAUUAUUCGAGUAUCAUCAAAUGAGGAACAAGCACAAGUAUUAGGAGUAUUGGAUAUUGAUAGUGAAUACGAAGCUCAUUUCGAUGAUAUCGAUCAAUAUUAUCUUGAAGAACUCAUGCGAGAAUGUAUUGAACCAUGCUUUACAGAUCCAGCUGUACCACCCAUUGAUUCUAAUUCUUAUAUAUAUCCAUCACGACCAUCAUAUGAUUAUUAUGGAUAUCGACAAGCACAAUCUCAAGAAAAACAAGUACAAACACCUUCACCUUAUUUAAAUAAACGAAAUCCAGAUAGCAAUAUGUAUCCAAAUUCUCAACAAUCAUAUUCUUCAAUUGCAUCAUCAUAUGGAAAUAAUCCAACAAGACCAUCGGCUAAUCAAUGUAAAUUACAUAUUAAUUGUCCAAAUGCAAGAAAUCGAGUUACACUUGAUAUUCAAGGACCAGCUGGACCCCCUGGUCCACCGGGCAAACAAGGCAUGCAAGGUCCAAGUGGUCCACCAGGUUUACCAGGACCACCAGGACGUGAUGGUUAUUCAAAUAUAAAAUCUGCUUUUUUCGUUGCAUUAAAUAAUACAUAUUUUCUACAAACAGAUUCAUCUAUAGUCAUUUGGGAUGAUAUAUUAUUAAAUAAGAAUAAUAAUCUUAAUAAUAAUACGGGUAUUUAUUAUGCACCAAUAAAUGGUUUAUACGAAUUUAGUUUAACUGUUUGUGUACCAGCUAAUCAUAUUGCAUCUGUAUCUUUAUGUAAAAAUGCAGAAAAUGUUGUACCAUUAUGGGUUGAAGGCUUUUUAACAGCUGUUAAAAAUCAAAAAGUACCAGUUUGGAAUACAGCAUCAACAACAAUUGUUUUAUUUUUAAAUAAAGGUGAUCGAGUUUAUAUUCGAGCUCAAUCACGUGAAGAUGGAGAUUAUAAUUUUAAAACAUCAUUAUAUGGUUGGCGUUAUACAACAUUUGGUGGAUUUUUAAUUCAUGAAGACAAUUAA